CGUGUUGCUGCUGGAGGUCAGGGUUAUGAGACAAGACGGGCUCAGCUAAUUUUAAGCCCCCAAAAGACGGAGUUUUUACUUUAAAAUUUGAUAUUGAAUACAAAAUACAUUGUGUCAGAACAUCGUUUAUUGGUUGCGGUAAACUUAACAACUCGUCGAAACGCAGCUCGACUUUCAUUUUUGAGACAUUUACGAACCUGCUCGGGUUAGCCGAUUCGGCUCGGUUAGCAUCUACGUUCCAGGUUCCUGUUUGACAUUUCGGGACUUUAGCAGCUAUGGACAACAACUCACAGGGUUCGAGGGGAUUAAAAGGGGGUCUCGGGAGUCUUUUUGGCGGCGGUGCAUCUGAAUACUCAAACGCAGAGCUCGCCGGUGUCCCAUUGACUGGAAUGAGUCCUAUCUCCCCUUACCUUAACGUCGACCCUCGUUACCUGAUUCAGGACACAGAUGAGUUCAUUAUACCCACAGGGGCCAAAAAACUAAGGGGGAGGUUUGAACUGGCUUUCUUUACCAUCGGAAGCUGCUGUAUGACUGGAGCUGCAUUCGGAGCUGUAAACGGUCUGAGGAUGAGCCUGAAGGAGACCAGGGACAUGGCCUGGUCCAAACCACGUAAUGUUCAAAUUCUCAACAUGGUGAUCAGGCAGGGAGGUUCGUGGGCCAACUCUCUGGGUUGUGUUGCCUUGUUGUAUAGUGGUUUUGGGGUGGCGAUAGAGAAAGCCAGAGGAGCGGAAGAUGACAUUAACACAAUUGCUGCUGGUACAUUAACAGGGACGCUCAUUAAAUCCAGCGGUGGAUUAAGGAGUGCAGCCCGCGGAGGUCUCGCUGGUUUAGCUUUAUCUGGUGCCUACGCUCUCUACAACAACUGGGGCCACCUCACCGGCUCCUCCUCCUCCUCCUCCUCCUCCAGGAUGUACUGAACUCUCCCUCGCUGCGUUUUGAAACUUCAGGGCCAAAUAUUCAAAGAACACGACCUUUAACCACAGCGCUAAGAGACUCUGGUCAAAAGCAGUGUUCUUUUCGAGGAGUCGGUCCCGUUUCCUGCCACGGCCACUCACCCACAUGCAUUCUGGGAGUUGACAGAUGUUCAUAAAGUAAGCUCAGAGGAGCAAACUAAAUUCCUCCUGAAAUCCAGACUGUCCUGUAACGUCUGUUUAUCUGAGGUGUUCUGUCUCUGAUCUGUUAAAUAAGGAUCUGAUAGAAAGGUCUGACAUGUAUUUUUUUAUUAGUUUAUGUGGAUUCUGAUUCUGGACAGGAAGACUGUCACGGCCCGUAAACAUGGAGCGAAGUCUGUCGACUCUAUUUAUUGAAAGUUGAUGUCUUCAGUGGUUUUUCUAGCUCUGAGCUAGAAGAUCUCACUGGAAAACUGUACUGGAAGUUAUUAUAAUUAUGUUAAGUUUCUCCAUCAAAUCCGCUGUACGAUCAACUGAAAUAAAAAUGGAAAAUGUA